AUGGCUUGGAACAACGAGCCGAGCGCAACGGAUAAAUCGGCUCUUGCAUCAAAAGCUUCGUCCAUGAACUCUGCCAUGGAGUCGGCAAUGUCUUCCAUGUCAAUGAGUAUGCAGAUGGAGAGCGGCAUGACUAUGUCUAACGGUAUGGUCAUGGCCACAGGCAGUGCUCAGGCUGCUAUGGGCAACUUGACCGGUAGCGCCAGUAAGAUGGAGGUUGGCGGCUUGCUGAAGCGUGCAACAAAGGCUUGA